AUGGCCCAACCCCACUCUUACUAUCCAGUGGGGGUCGAGAUCCCCAACUACGUCCCCAAUGAAUGGUCGACUCUCACUCUGGUCUCGACCUUUGCUGCUGCCUGCGUGAUUGUUCUGGCCGUGACAUACUCUCUCGCGACAAAGACCAAUCCACGAAUCUCGAAAUCAGAACUUUCCAAGGUCUUCUGGUUCGCGCUAUGCGGCUCGAUCCACAGCAUCCUAGAAGGCUACUACGCACGCAACUUCUCCACCCUUCCAGGUGAACAAACGCUCCUCGCCCAGCUCUGGAAGGAAUACUCCAUGUCGGACUCGCGCUACCUAACCAACAAUUCGUUCGUGAUGGUGAUGGAAGCCAUCACCGCGAUAUGCUGGGGCCCGGCCUCGUUCUUUCUCGCAUACUUUAUUGUCACGGAGAAUGCAUUCCGGCACCCGCUGCAGAUUAUCAUCUCCCUGGGCCAGCUGUACGGCGAUGUCUUGUACUACGGGACAUGCGCGUUCGAGUUCCUGGUGUAUGGGCUGGAGUUUUCGAGGCCCGAGGGGUAUUACUUUUAUGGGUAUUUUGUGUUUCUGAAUGCGUUUUGGAUUGCUAUUCCGACGUUGCUUAUCAUUGACAGCGUCAAGGCCAGCGCGAGGGCUUUUGCGGACUUGAAGAAGGUGAAAGCUGCUGGAAUCACGGUGAAUGGGACGGUGAAGAAGACUCUGUGA